AACAAAUAAUUCAAAUCAAUCCAAAACCAAAUUUGUUUCCCCCCUUUAUUUAGUCGAGCCGCAUUCUCUCCUCGCUAGAACACUAUUCGAAUGAUUUCUGGAUUUAUCUGACUGCCUCAAGUCGCUGCCAGUUGCUCGCGGAGAAGGAUGAGUAAUGUUGCGACAGCAAGUCAAUUGCCGAUGCCUAAUAAUCUUCACUAUGGCGGUGUUUCUGCCGGAGGAGUUUCGAACACCAAAUUGAAGCGGAAAACCCCCUCGGAGUUGAGGGGGGAACUACUGAAGAAAAAGAAUUUACUGGAUUGUUCAGACGAGCCUCCAACUAAAACUGGCUCCAUGAGGAAUGCUGAUGGAGCAGUUUCUGGGAGCAAUAAAUCUGAUUCAUUAAAAGCAGCACGGUUCAGAAGGAUGGACGAACACUUUCCUGUCACUAAAACUAGUAGGAUGUUUUGCAGAAAGGAAAAUCUCAAGGAAAAUAUUCAUAGCAAGUGUGUUGGCAGCAUGAAGAGUUCGAGUCUUACUUUGGAUUCAAAUGAUAAACAUGGGCUACAGAAUUCAUGUUUGGAGGGCACUGUUGCUUCAGAAGGUGACAACGACACUUCAAGACAAAUUAAUAACAAUUCAUGUGAAAAUAGCACUGCUAAUACUUUUAAGAGUGUUCGGGAGUUAUCCCUUAGGGGUGGAAUGAUAUACAACUCCUCAUCAGUAGACAUGGGUAAAGCUUUAAAAGGUCUGGUUUCAUGCGAACCUCAUGCUUCUUCAGCUCCACUUGCUCAGUCUAUGCAUAGAUCAGGGAAUAUUGCGCAGCAACGCCUUUCAGAAAUCCAUAUACCUGGACAGAAGAGUCCACUAGAUUUGACACUAAAAACUAGUAUGCGUGUGCUGUCAGCAUCGUCUGUGAAUUGGUUUUAUAGAUUAAGUACGUGUGCCACUUUAAACGACAUGGGUCUAUUUUCGCAUGAGGGUUUCCAAGGCCAAAGUAUGACCUCAGCGCACCCUAUCUGCACCAGCCAAAUCGCAAGGCAUGGGGUUUUUCAUUCUUGGGUGCACCCCCAAUCCAGUCUACCCCAUGUAGUUAUAUCAGCAUUGACCUCUGCCGUGGGAGGGCAAUUGGAUUUCCUAAGUAAACGACAGCAGGCAUGGGAGGAUUCAUUUCGAAGUCUCUACUACAUGCUGCGAAAGAAACUGUGUAAAAUAUUUUAUGUGUGCACAGUGCACUUUGUAGCUAUGUUUACCAUAUCUGAUGGCCCAAACAAAACCAAGCAUUCUUGCUAUGCCUAUGUGUCUCAAUCAACGAGAAAUCUGAGGUCACUUUUGAAAGAACAUGAUGCUUCAUUUUCUAUGCCUCUUUGCCACUCUAAAGUAGAGGAGGUUACUGCAGAAGACCUAGUUGCACUCUCUGAAAUUGAAAGAAACAACCUUGGAAAGACUCGAGCUGUGGAAUCCCUGACUGGAGUUGAUAAUACCCCACAAUCUUUGUUAAUGUUUGCUGGGAAGAAUGUGCAUGGCUUGUAUGAUUUUCUGUUAAAUUAUAGAUCCCUUUACAGCCCUUUGAUUGGUAGUGACGUUCCAGUUCUGUAUUCACCAGUUCCUUUUGAAAAUGCUGCACUUUCUGCUCCUGAGAUCAGAUGCAAACAGGUUAGAAGAGUUGAGCAUAUGUCUUCACAGCUAAAGGACUCUAAUAUGUAUAGUGAACCUAUGAGAAGUUCAUCUUCUGGCAUCAGCUAUAGUAUUGAACUUAAGGAUGCGUAUAUUCCUCCUUGGGUAGUUUCUGGAGUUUGCGAUGCUAUUUGCUCUAACGGGGGUGACUUUCAAGCCAGUUUUGUGACGGAGUCCACAUCCAUUGGCUUGAAUGUUGGUCUAGACUCAACUAACCAACCUCCCCAGCAGGUUGAGGCAGAGAUACCAAUGGAAGAGCAGGAUCUUUCUUUUGGUAUUCCAAACACCACUCUUUCCCUUCUAAGACAUUCUGCCUUUUUAAAAGGACUGAAGUAUGGUGAUACUUCUUAUACAGCCUUUUUAUCACCGAUUGAUUAAGGAUUAACAUAUAAGCUCUCUCAUAUCUGAGCCUUUGUAGAUUCUGAUGGAUAAACAUUUUGCUCACCGCCUAUUAAAUAAUGGGAGGGAUAUUUAUUUGUAUGUUUUCAGCUGUAAUAUCUAAGAAACACCUUUACUUAGACAGUGUUACAGAAGGCAAUUGAGCAAUACAACAAACUGCGCCGCUCGACUGUUUUUUGGCAAUGGCGCUAUACUACGAUGUACCCCCAUUUUUAUUGAGAAAACUUAUAUGUGCUCAUUAGUAGUACACGCCCA